GGCUCGCUGGAAGGGACGAAUCUGCCUGGGGAUGCGUGCCUCGUUCUCACUUCGGAUCCAAGGCCCCGACUCCGGUGGACAGCGGAGCUCCACGGGAGAUUCGUGGACGCCGUCACGCAGCUCGGUGGCCCUGACAGUAUUUCUACAUUGCAUUGCUGCCCAGGUCGAUUUUAAUGAAGAAUGAUGUUUAUUAUCUGGAAUGCUUGGCUCUACCAUAAGUUGGAAGCUUGGGGCAUAUGCCUCUGGUCCUACAUUGGUUCUCGCUCAACCAGAAAUUCUGAUAUUAUUGGAGGCAACUCCUAAGACUAUUAUGAGAACAAUGGGGGUAAAAGGACUGACUCUGUAUCACUUGAAGUCUCAUCUUCAGAAAUACAGGUUGGGAAAGCAAUCAUGCAAGGAAUCAACUGACAACACUAAGGAUGCAUCUUGUGUCGCAGAAAGCCAGGAUACAGGAUCAUCUACAUCAACUUCAUCAAGAAUUAUUGGACAAGAGCUGAACGAUGGUUACCAGGUUACUGAGGCAUUGCGAGUACAGAUGGAAGUCCAGCGACGGCUGCAUGAGCAGCUGGAGGUGCAGCGUCACCUCCAACUUCGGAUUGAAGCUCAAGGAAAGUACCUGCAAUCCAUACUAGAGAAAGCUUGUAAAGCUCUGAGUGAUCAAGCUGCUGCAUCUGCCGGGCUUGAAGCUGCUAGGGAGGAGCUUUCAGAGCUAGCUAUCAAUGUUUCAAAUGACUGUCAAGGAGUGGUCCCAGUUGAUGCCACAAAAAUACCUUCCUUGUCUGAACUAGCUGCUGCUUUAGAGAGCAAAAAUGCUUCUAACAUGCCAGCUCGCUUUGGUGAUUGUUCUGUUGAGAGCUGCUUGACUUCUGCUGGAAGUGCAGUUUCUUCCUUGGGUGUGGGUUCACAGGCUGCUUCUUUGAAGAAGAGAACAAGGCCUGUAUUUGGUAACGCUGACUCAUUGCCCUUGGAGGGCAACAUACAGCAAGAAGUGGGAUGGAUGAUGACUAAUACCGGAUCCAGAUGAGUAUAAUGCCAACCCAUAUCUGUGAUCAGAUUUCCCCUUUGCCAUUUUAGGGUUUUAUUCUGUUCCUUGUCGUCGAAUUGUCCAUCGUUUUCGACUAUCUCUGUAGUCUGUUGUAUAUUCUUAAAGAAGACCAUUUAACUUAAUGUUGCCUCCCUUUAUUCAUGAAAGUGGCACAUUGGAAGUCACA